AUGGAAGCAGGAGCAGUUUGUACCCUCCUCUGCCUGAUUCUUUUCCAGGGUAAAUUCACACUCCUACUGGACACCAGAACAGAUGGCAGCUUCCUGGUGCACCAUUUCCUCUCCUUCUACCUCCGAGCUGGCUGCAAGGUUUGCUUCGUGGCCCUGCUCCAGUCCUUCAGCCACUACAACAUCGUGGCACAGAAGCUGGGAGUCAGUCUGACAGCUGCCAAGGAACGGGGACAGCUUGUCUUCUUGGAAGGCCUCAAGUCCUGCCUUGACCUCUUGUUCACAGAGGAGGAGCAGCCAGGACAGCCCCAUCCUCUCCAGUUUAUGAGUGACAGCUCCUCCAACCUCAGAGCCCUGUUUGACUUUGUCCGGGCGUCCCUGGCUCCCUCUGGCAGCAGCUCCUGGCAGGGCCCUGUGCUGCUGGUGGAUGAUCUGAGUGUCCUGCUCAGCCUGGGUGCUGCUCCUGUGGCCGUGCUGGACUUCAUCCACUACUGCAGGGUGGUGGUGUGCUCCCAGCUGAAGGGGAACAUCGUGGUGCUGGUUCACAGCAAUGAGGGUUCAGAAGACGAGGAGAACAAGCUGGUUGUGAACUCCCUGUGUCAUCACAGUGACCUGAUCCUGUGGGUCGAGGGGCUGGCCACUGGUUUCUGCAAGGAUGUUCAUGGGCAGAUUAAAAUAAUCAGGAGAUUGUCCUUGGAGCUGAAGGCAGAGCAGGAUCAAGUCCAGAUCUACCAGUAUAAGAUCCAGGACAGGAAUGUCACCUUUUUUGCUCCGGGGCUGUCGACUGCUGUCCUGUGACCCUGUGAC